AUUACACCAUACUAUCAUAUGUACUUAAAGUUGUACCAGAUAUAUAACAUUAUAAUAAGUAUGUGUAAAUGUAUUUGUUUUUGACUGAUGAUUAUAUUUAAAUUAUGAAGGAAAAUUAUUAUAACAGGCUGGUGCUGGAAUCACAAAUGGGUGACCCAGUAACAUCCUUUUGGAUGGGCAAGGAAGGUAUUGUAGCUGGAACUGCACUUGGUAGAGUUUCAGCAUAUAUUUUUAACUCAAACCUUGAAACUCAUACUAAUUCUUCCACAAAUAAUGAUACUACAUUGGCGGAUGACCCACCAAAUAUUCGUUCAUCAACUAAAACUCAAGAAGCUAACACAAAAAACCAACACCUCAGCAAUUCAGAUGUUAUAGUAGAAAUUGAUAAACUAGAAUCAUCAAUUGAUAAUUCAAAACAAAAUUCUACCAGUCUUAAUACGAAAUCUACUCCAAGUAAAUGUGAUAACAAGAACUCUAGUACCAAAGUAGUCGGUAGAUAUGUUGUAUACUCAACAUAUAAUGACGAAUGUGUGAACGGUGUAUACAUUUUUGAGGGUAAAUUAUACUCUCUGGUAGGUCUGAAUAACAUAGUAAUUUAUGACAUUGAUCGCUACACCAUACACAGAGACGUGUAUGUGAAUAAUGAAAUUAAUAGCACAAGUCUGUAUAAAAAUUACAAACAGAUCAUCCAAAAUAACAAUUACGUCCUAAUUAUGUGCAAUAGUACUAUAACUUUGAUGAAUUUAACUGAGGCUGAAAGUGAAGACGGUGUGUGUAAAAUACAGUAUGUCAACAGUACCAUACAUAUAGAAAAUGUUCUAGAGUUUAAAUUUCCAUAUGUAGUCACUUGUAAGAUUAACACUGAAGAGAAUAAUUCCAAAUGUGUAAAUAUUUAUUCACUCAAACCAGUCGACACUAUGAAUAAUACUAAUUCUAAAAGUCGGGAAAUGUAUAAUUUAGCUUUGGUUAACAGGAUUAAUAUAGACAAUAAAUACCACCUAGUAACAAACUGUAAAAUAUGGGAUAAUAUGAUAACAGUGGUCACAGACUUAUUAGUUUUAACUUUAUACGACAUCAAUGAUGCCGAUGCGAAUAUCGUUAGCAGUAAGAGUUUCUCGUACGACAUUUUAGCUGUAAACUGCAGUGAAAAUAUUUUAUUAUUGUUUAAAAACUCACAAAUUUUAAUACUAAACAAAGAGUUGGAAAUUUUAAGUAAACUCAACAUCCUCUCAACUUUCGAACUAGGAUGGAGUUACAAUCUGGUAAAUUAUAACAACGUAUUCUCAUACAACUCCGAUGAAGGAAUUUACAUUUUCCAAUUAUAA